AUGUCUGGCUCCCUACGGGCAACCUCCAGCCUAAGCACCACAGGCAUUGCAGCAUUCAGAGCCCCAUUAGCCCUCCGACAUCAGCACUAUGUCUCCACGAGAUCAUCCCUGAUCGAGGUCAAGAAAGCCGCGGUUUCUGCCCACUCAGUCAUUCCAACUGGGAUCCUACUGCGGUCCCUGCUGGUGACGACCAUCUCCUCGCACCCGCUUCUGCUAGGGCCCAGCUUGUCUAUCCUGUCCUUUCUCUCCAAGUCAAGCAGCCUUUUACUUGACGUGGAACGAAAUCCACUCAUCUACUGGUUCCUCAGGAAGACCUUUUACGACCACUUCUGUGCUGGCGAAAAGGAGGCUGAAGUGUACAAAACCAUCCAGCAGAUCAGAAGCACAGGACUGAGAGGGGUGAUCUUGACCUACACACGGGAGACGGUGCAGGACGCCCGCACGGCAAAGCAACGCUUUGCCAACACGGAGGCGUUAGAGAAGGCUGCCUCAACAGACACAUGUGAACAUAUACAAUCAUGGAGAGAAGACGUUCUGCGCACGGUAGAUAUGCUUGGUCCUGGAGACUUCCUUGCUCCAAAACUCACUGGCGCUGGCCCCAAGGUGACACAGGCCUUUGCGGCCGGUGAGCCUGUCCCCACACAGAUGGUCGAGGCACUCGACGAAGUGUGUCGUCGCGUAGUCGAAAAGAAGGCCCGCCUACUCAUGGAUGCGGAGCAACAUGCUUUCCUUCGGGGGAUCCACAGCCUGACCCUCGACAUGAUGCGCAAGUACAACCGCAAUGGGGAGGCGGUCAUCUACAACACCUUCCAAGCAUACCUCAAAGCCGCACCAGAACUCAUUGCCUCGCACUUGAAGAUGGCCAAUGAGGAGGGCUUCACUCUUGGGCUCAAGUUGGUCCGCGGAGCGUACAUGAGCAGCGAUCCGAGACACUUGAUCCACGACACGAAGGAAGACACCGAUCGGGCCUACGACACGAUUGUGCGGGGUAUCCUGCAGCAGAACUACAAAGGGUUUGGGGAGAAGGACUGCCCCUUCCCUCCCACGGACUUGUUCUUGGCUACGCAUAAUAUCGACAGUGCGGUGGCGGCGCAUAACAUGCAGCAAGCUCGGAUACGGGACAACCUUCCGACUACCAAGGUCGAGUUUGGCCAGCUGAUGGGCAUGGCGGAUGGGGUCAGUUACGGUCUGCUGCAGCUCAAGGGUCAGAAUGGGGCUCCACCGGCCGUGUACAAGUGCUUGCACUGGGGGAGCAUGAGCGAAUGUCUGAGUUUCCUGCUGCGGAGAGCGGCGGAGAAUCGAGAUGCAGUAUCCAGAACGAAUGCUGAGCAUGAGGCGCUCAAAGCGGAGGUGAAGCGUCGGAUCCGGGCUGGGUUCAGUAGAUCAUGA